CAACUCAGGACAGACUUGUACUUGACUUCCUCAGUUCUACAUUUUUGCAGAUGUGAGAAGCAUAGCUCUUAACUCUUUUCUUAAGUAUUGCUGAAAAAGUUGAGACAACUUUCUAUCCUUCCAUGUAUAACUACAGAAUAGCAUUAACAAGUGAACUAGAGAACAAUGUAAUAAAUUAAACAUCUCUUUAUUUUAGACAGAUAAGAUGGAAACAUCAUUGGUUUUCUUUUCUCAAUUAAAUAUGUGUGAAUCAAAAGAAAAAUCUUUUUUCAAGUUAAUGCAUGGUUCAGGAAAAGAAGAAACAAGCAAAGAAGACAAACUCAGAGCUAAGGAAAAAAGAAAUAGGCUAAGUCUCCUCCUGCAGAAACCCGAGUUUCAUGAAGAGACCUACUCCAGUAGAUCUGGGCACUUGGCCAGUGAUUCAAGAAUUUCCCCUGAAGAAGCAAUGAGAUGGAGUGAAUCAUUUGACAAACUGCUUUCCCACAAAGAUGGACUGGAAGCUUUUACCAGAUUUCUUAAAACUGAAUUCAGUGAGGAAAACAUUGAAUUUUGGAUAGCCUGUGAAGAUUUCAAGAAAAGCAAGGAUCCUCAACAAACUGUCCUUAAAGCAAAGGCAAUAUUUGAGAAAUUUAUACAAAAUGAUGCUCCACAAGAGGUUAACCUUGAUUUUCAUACCAAAGAAACUAUUACUAGGAGCAUCACUCAACCCACCCUCCACAGUUUUGAUGCCGCACAAAGCAGAGUGUAUCAGCUUAUGGAGCAAGACAGUUACACGCGUUUUCUGAAAUCUGACAUCUAUUUCCAGUUGAUAGAAGGAAGACCUCUGAGACCAACAAAUCUUAGAAGACGAUCACGUUCCUUUACCUGUAAUGAAUUCCAAGAUGUAAAGUCAGAUGUUGCCAUUUGGUUAUAAAGAAUCUUAAUUUGCUAUUUUUGUGAUAAACUCUUGCCUGCUUCUAAGAAAUAGAAUGUUUAUAUUAACAAAUGGAUGUGUUUUCAAUAAAAUACAUCAUAUGAAAGGUGAUUAAAACUGUACUUAAAAAACGUUUACGUUAACAAUACACACUGUAUUUGUCAAUAUAUUCUGUAAAACCCUCCAUUUGAAUUUAUUCCAUUCAUAAUCAGAAAAACUUUUUAUCUUAAUUAAAAGGCAGAAAUAACAAAAAAUAAUAAUGCUUUAUAAGAUUUAAUAAUAUGAAGUUAAGUAAAGGUUAAACUUUUGCAAAAUUGUCAACAGUGUGACAAAAGCUUUAGUUUGGAUUUUGGUUUUAUAUAUGUAAAUGAUAUAAUGUUCAGAUUUUCUAUUUCCAUAUGUAAACAACAUAAUGUUCAGAUAUCUGUAUAUUUAAACAGCAUUUUCCAUAAUGAUGAAGACCCUCCUUCCAUCAUAGGAAUUGUAGAAGUGAUCCAUUUCUUACAAUGAGAGAGGAUGAACAUUUUUUCUUGGGUUACUAAACCCUGGCUCAAGAAUAACAAUAUAUCACAAGUUACAAACCACCAACAGGAAUUUUAGGAAGGAUACAUUCAUCUGUACACACUCCCAGGUGAAGCAUAACCCAGAUUGAUAAGAAUGGGAUUUCCCUUUGUGCUCAUUUGUGAGUGAGCAUAAGUUUAUCUGGGUAUAUGGAGGUGAACUUACCUGGGUACACUUCUGCUGAUAUGCCCAGAUUAUAUGUAGCUCCAGGUAGGGACUGAGUGGAACAGCUUACCUGAAAAGAGCCCUUGCUACUAAUGUAAGGAUAGGCAGUGGUUUGAAUGAUGACCAGAGGAAUUUUCUCACCUUUGGCCUUAUUUUUGUACCUUUACAGUUAGAGUAGAAAUUAGAAAUGAGAGGAAGUGAAGAAGAGAGUCCCAGCCUCUGGAGAUUCAAUCAUCUGCCACAUUGGCUCAUACUCAAAAAAGUGUUCUUUCAUUGGUUAUAUUUUUUUUCCAAAUUUCAUUGAAUCACUUAAUACUAUAUUAUUGAAAUAACAUUAUACUAAUAAGUAUAUGUGUCUCUGUUUUUAGGGAAAUAUUCAAGAUUAGAUGUAUGCUGCAAGGCCAUAAAUGUCUGUAGUUAAAAUGCCAUGCAUUUAGCUUUGGCAAAAGUAAUUUUAGGUGAAGGAUAAAGUAUAAAAAUUUUAAUCUAUAUUAAUAAACAUUUGUAAAUACUUCAUUCAUGCUGUUAACAUUUAUUUGACCACUACAUGCUGUCACCAAUCAUUGAUUAUUCUUCCUGUUAUCAAAUUUGGCACAGACAUAUUUUCUUAUUUUAGAAUGAUUUGGGGAUAGAAAGUAUUAAUUGAGGUAUCACAUUACUGACUUUAAUACUAACUCAUUUCUUAUACUGUUGUGAAUAUGAAAACAAAGUGUGCCUUUCAAAGGUCAACUAAGAAAGGGCGUUUUAAUUUUUGCUUGUGAAUUUGUAUUCUCUUAUGGUAGUCUCUUUUCAGAGUUUGAUUGCUUCAUAUACAGAAUUAAGAUUUGAUAGUAGCUUUGUGAUCUCAUCAGAAAAAUGGACUGAUUUUAAAAGCAUUGAUCCAGAACCACGAACGUAUUAUUUUGCUUUUCCAUUUGCAAGAUUUUUCAGAAUUAGCCAAGCUAAUUUCUUCUCUUAUUUAAAUUAUGAAUUAUUCAAUGAGACCCUUCAAAAAUAUACCAGAAAUUUUGAUGAAGGUAAUGCCUGAUUUCAAACAGCUUUCAGUCUGUUAGGAGACAAGGUGUAAAGACACAGAAAAAAAAAAAAACUGAUUAGA